CUCUCUCUCUCUCUCUCUCUAGAAACCGGAGUGAUAGACCCAGUGCUUAUAGAGCGUUAUAACACUCCAGGGUUCGUAGGCUGUCUGUCACGCGUCCAGUUCAACGGAGUCGCACCCCUGAAGACUGCCCUAAGAAACCCUAUAGCAGACAGACCAACAGACAGACAGUCUGUGCCAGUGUCCUACCAGGGUAAACUGGUAGAAUCUAACUGUGGAGCAUCACCUCUCACCAUCCCACCAAUGUCUGCUGUCACCGAUCCUUGGCGCCUGGACUCAGGUGCAGAGUUCCCAUUCAACGAGGAGAGAGUGAUCCCAGAUGGAGUCAACAGGAACUCAGCCAUUAUAGGAGGUAUCAUUGCCGUGGUGAUCUUCACCGUCCUGUGCACGCUGGCGUUCCUGAUUCGCUACAUGUUCCGUCACAAGGGCUCCUACCACACCAAUGAAUCAAAAGGGGCGGAGCCAGCCAGUGGCGAAUCAGCAGACACCACCAUCAUCUGCGCCGAAACCAACCCGGAAACCAUAGAGGAAUCAAAGAAAGAGUGGUUCAUCUAACUGCCAAUUGAAAAACAGAUGAGGAUUGGAGAGUGGGAUGUUCAUCUGUUGACCAAUCACAGGAGAGAUGGAUGGAGACGUCUACUGAAUGGAGGAGGGAGUGGGAGUGGGUGAAAGAGGGUGUACAGAAAUCCGAUUAACUGCAGAAGAAAGACGAGACAGUUUAUUGGAAGGUUGCGUUGAGAGUUGAGAGACUAAAUCUGUACAUAGUCUUUCUUUGUAUUGUGUUCAGGAGUUUCCACGAGUCCUUUGAAUACAGGAUAGUUAUAUAACAGCAGAUCUGGAUCAAAUACAUUCAAACACUUUAGGUUUUUAGAAGUGCACUUGAUUUAGCUUGGAUCUUGCACCUUUGGGACUAUUCUAUUGUCUCCGAUGUACCAGGCAAACUAAAUCAAGCACAGCUCAAGUAUUUGACCUAUGUAUUUGACCUCUGUAUAAUAAUAAUUGAUCAUAUGCUAGCAAAGACUUGUUUGUUUUUUCAACUGAGAUCUGAAAGAUUUUGCCAAAUCAUCUGUUUACAAGUUUGGCAUUUCUGUUGGUCAUGCUUACAUGUCCAUGAUCCAUAUACACUCCAACAGGGUUUCUCAAACCACUCCAAAAGGUGUAACCAGAGAAACAUGGAUGCCAAAAGUCCUGCUGUAAAUAUGUGUUAUUUAUAAAUAUAUUUAAUUUCUUUGUUAAUAUAUGUUUAUUCAGAGACAUUGGUACAUUUACACGACAUUUCAGAAACUAUUUCUAAGCAUAGUACAUAUCCACAAAUGAAAGAAGUUUACUUUAAUUGAAUUAUGACAUUAGAUUGUAUCCACAAGAAGACCUUCUCAUCGAUGGUUGCAGAGGAAUGUCUCAAUGCAUGAUGGGAAAACAUGGCAGAACCAUAGCUACACACUGCAUGGCAGUUUGCUUUCUGUCCUUCCUCUGAGAACAAGUGAGCUCUUGAACUUUCAGCGUCUUUUCUGUUUCCAAACACUUGUCUUACACUGAGUGUACAAAACAUUAAGAACACCUUCCUAAUAUUGGGUUGUACCCCCUUUUGCUCUCAGAACAGCCUAAUUUCGUCAGGGCAUGGACUCUAGAAGGUGUCGAAAGCAUUCCACAGGGAUGCUGGCCCAUGAUGACUCUAAUGCUUCCCACAGUUGUGUCAAGUUCGCUGGAUGUCCUUUGGGUGGUGGACCAUUCUUGAUAUACACAGGAAACUGUUGAGUGUGAAAAACCCAGCAGCGUUGCAGUUCUUGACACACUCAAACCGGUCCGCCUGGCACCUACUAUCAUACCCUGUUCAAAGACAUUUAAAUAUUUUGUCUUGCCCAUUCACCCUCUGAAUGGCACAUACACAAUCCAUGUCUCAAUUGUCUCAAGGCUUAAAAAUCCUUCUUUAACCCGUCUCCUCCCCUUCAUCUACACUGAUUGAAGUGGAUUUAACAAGUGGCAUCAAUAAGAGGUCAUAGCUUUCACCUGGAUUCACCGGGUCAGUCUGUCAUGGAAAGAGCAGGUGUUCCUAAUGUUUAAUACACUCAGUGUAGCUUCUCAUGUUUAUUUCACAAAUUUGAUUGAUUGAUCGAUGAGAUCGAUCAUGUUACUUGUAAUGCUGAGAGUUUGUCUCAUUGGAUGUUGAGAGUGCUGUGUUUGUGUGUGUAGAUGGGGUCGGUGGCAUACGGGGGGGUGGAGCCUAUGUUCCAUAGGACAAGUCUUUGGGGUCAAGGGUGAAGGGUUGAGGCUUGGUUCUACUGUGUUGAAUGGGUUAACCAACUGUGCCUUCAGGAGUCUGCCUUUUAGCCUUCCUCUUGACAACACAAGACCAUGGUGUUAGAGCCAGACCCAUUGUGUUAGAACCAGACCCAUGGUGUUAGAGCCAGACCCAUGGUGUUAGAACCAGACCCAUGGUGUUAGAACCAGACCCAUGGUGUUAGAGCCAUGGUGUUAGAACCAGACCCAUGGUGUUAGAGACAGACCCAUGGUGUUAGAACCAGACCCAUGGUGUUAGAACCAGACCCAUGGUGUUAGAGCCAGACCCAUGGUGUUAGAGCCAUGGUGUUAGAGCCAGACCCAUGGUAUUAGAGCCAGACCCAUGGUGUUAGAGCCAGACCCAUGGUGUUAGAACCAGACCCAUGGUGUUAGAGCCAGACCCAUGGUGUUAGAACCAGACCCAUGGUGUUAGAACCAGACCCAUAGUGUUAGAGCCAGACCCAUGGUGUUAGAACCAGACCCAUGGUGUUAGAACCAGACCCAUGGUGUUAGAACCAGACCCAUGGUGUUAGAGCCAGACCCAUGGUGUUAGAGCCAGACCCAUGGUGUUAGAACCAGACCCAUGGUGUUAGAACCAGACCCAUAGUGUUAGAGCCAGACCCAUGGUGUUAGAACCAGACCCAUGGUGUUAGAACCAGACCCAUGGUGUUAGAACCAGACCCAUGGUGUUAGAGCCAGACCCAUGGUGUUAGAGCCAGACCCAUGGUGUUAGAACCAGACCCAUGGUGUUAGAACCAGACCCAUGGUGUUAGAACCAGACCCAUGGUGUUAGAGCCAUGGUGUUAGAACCAGACCCAUGGUGUUAGAGACAGACCCAUGGUGUUAGAACCAGACCCAUGGUGUUAGAGCCAUGGUGUUAGAGCCAGACCCAUGGUGUUAGAGACAGACCCAUGGUGUUAGAGACAGGCCCAUGGUGUUAGAACCAGACCCAUGGUGUUAGAACCAGACCCAUGGUGUUAGAACCAGACCCAUGGUGUUAGAGCCAGACCCAUGGUGUUAGAACCAGACCCAUGGUGUUAGAAACAGGCCCAUGGUGUUAGAACCAGGCCCAUGGUGUUAGAACACGACCCAUGGUGUUAGAACCAGACCCAUGGUGUUAGAACCAGACCCAUGGUGUUAGAACCAGACCCAUGGUGUUAGAACCAGGCCCAGGGUGUUAGAACCAGGCCCAUGGUGUUAGAACCAGACCCAUGGUGUUAGAACCAGACCCAUGGUGUUAGAACCAGACCCAUGGUGUUAAAGCCAGACCCAUGGUGUUAGAACCAGACCCAUGGUGUUAGAACCAGACCCAUGGUGUUAGAGCCAGACCCAUGGUGUUAGAGCCAGACCCAUGGUGUUAGAGCCAGACCCAUGGUGUUAGAGCCAGACCCAUGGUGUUAGAACCAGACCCAUGGUGUUAGAACCAGACCCAUGGUGUUAGAACCAGACCCAUGGUGUUAGAGCCAUGGUGUUAGAGCCAGACCCAUGGUGUUAGAGCCAGACCCAUGGUGUUAGAACCAGACCCAUGGUGUUAGAACCAGACCCAUGGUGUUAGAGCCAUGGUGUUAGAACCAGACCCAUGGUGUUAGAGACAGACCCAUGGUGUUUGAACCAGACCCAUGGUGUUAGAACCAGACCCAUAGUGUUAGAGCCAGACCCAUGGUGUUAGAGCCAUGGUGUUAGAGCCAGACCCAUGGUGUUAGAGCCAGACCCAUGGUGUUAGAACCAGACCCAUGGUGUUAAAGCCAGACCCAUGGUGCUAGAACCAGACCCAUGGUGUUAGAACCAGACCCAUAGUGUUAGAGCCAGACCCAUGGUGUUAGAACCAGACCCAUGGUGUUAGAACCAGACCCAUGGUGUUAGAACCAGACCCAUGGUGUUAGAACCAGACCCAUGGUGUUAGAGCCAGACCCAUGGUGUUAGAGCCAGACCCAUGGUGUUAGAGCCAGACCCAUGGUGUUAGAACCAGACCCAUGGUGUUAGAACCAGACCCAUGGUGUUAGAACCAGACCCAUGGUGUUAGAGCCAUGGUGUUAGAACCAGACCCAUGGUGUUAGAGACAGACCCAUGGUGUUAGAACCAGACCCAUGGUGUUAGAGCCAUGGUGUUAGAGCCAGACCCAUGGUGUUAGAACCAGACCCAUGGUGUUAGAACCAGACCCAUGGUGUUAGAGCCAGACCCAUGGUGUUAGAGCCAGACCCAUGGUGUUAGAACCAGACCCAUGGUGUUAGAACCAGACCCAUGGUGUUAGAACCUGACCCAUGGUGUUAGAACCAGACCCAUGGUGUUAGAACCAGACCCAAGGUGUUAGAGACAGACCCAUGGUGUUAGAACCAGACCCAUGGUGUUAGAACCAGACCCAUGGUGUUAGAGCCAUGGUGUUAGAGCCAGACCCAUGGUGUUAGAACCAGACCCAUGGUGUUAGAGCCAUGGUGUUAGAGCCAGACCCAUGGUGUUAGAGCCAGACCCAUGGUGUUAGAGCCAGACCCAUGGUGUUAGAACCAGACCCAUGGUGUUAGAACCAGACCCAUGGUGUUAGAGCCAGACCCAUGGUGUUAGAACCAGGCCCAUGGUGUUAGAACCAGACCCAUAGUGUUAGAGCCAGACCCAUGGUGUUAGAACCAGACCCAUGGUGUUAGAACCAGGCCCAUGGUGUUAGAACCAGACCCAUGGUGUUAGAACCAGACCCAUGGUGUUAGAACCAGACCCAUGGUGUUAGAACCAGGCCCAUGGUGUUAGAACCAUUGUGUUAGAACCAGACCCAUGGUGUUAGAGACAGACCCAUGGUGUUAGAACCAGACCCAUGGUGUUAGAGCCAUGGUGUUAGAGCCAGACCCAUGGUGUUAGAACCAGACCCAUGGUGUUAGAACCAUUCCCAUGGUGUUAUAACCAGACCCAUGGUGUUAGAACCAGACCCAUGGUGUUAGAACCUGACCCAUGGUGUUAGAACCAGACCCAUGGUGUUAGAACCAGACCCAUAGUGUUAGAGCCAGACCCAUGGUGUUAGAACCAGACCCAUGGUGUUAGAACCAGACCCAUGGUGUUAGAGACAGACCCAUGGUGUUAGAACCAGACCCAUGGUGUUAGAACCAGACCCAUGGUGUUAGAACCAGACCCAUGGUGUUAGAGCCAUUGUGUUAGAACCAGACCCAUGGUGUUAGAGACAGACCCAUGGUGUUAGAACCAGACCCAUGGUGUUAGAGCCAUGGUGUUAGAGCCAGACCCAUGGUGUUAGAACCAGACCCAUGGUGUUAGAACCAUUCCCAUGGUGUUAUAACCAGACCCAUGGUGUUAGAACCAGACCCAUGGUGUUAGAUCCAGACCCAUGGUGUUAGAACCUGACCCAUGGUGUUAGAACCUGACCCAUGGUGUUAGAACCAGACCCAUGGUGUUAGAACCAGACCCAUGGUGUUAGACCCAGACCCAUGGUGUUAGAACCUGACCCAUGGUGUUAGAACCUGACCCAUGGUGUUAUAGCCAGACCCAUGGUGUUAGAACCAGACCCAUGGUGUUAGAGCCAGACCCAUGGUGUUAGAGCCAGACCCAUGGUGUUAGAGCCAGACCCAUGGUGUUAGAACCAGACCCAUGGUGUUAGAACCAGACCCAUGGUGUUAGAACCAGACCCAUGGUGUUAGAGCCAUGGUGUUAGAACCAGACCCAUGGUGUUAGAGCCAGACCCAUGGUGUUAGAGCCAGAACCAUGGUGUUAGAGCCAGAACCAUGGUGUUAGAACCAGACCCAUGGUGUUAGAGCCAGACCCAUGGUGUUAGAACCAGACCCAUGGUGUUAGAACCAGACCCAUGGUGUUAGAACCAGACCCAUGGUGUUAGAACCAGACCCAUAGUGUUAGAGCCAGACCCAUGGUUUUAGAACCAGACCCAUGGUGUUAGAGCCAGACCCAUGGUGUUAGAACCAGACCCAUGGUGUUAGAGCCAGACCCAUGUUGUCAGAGCCAGACCCAUGGUGUUAGAGCCAGACCCAUGGUGUUAGAGCCAGACCCAUGGUGUUAGAACCAGACCCAUGGUGUUAGAACCAGACCCAUGGUGUUAGAACCAGACCCAUGGUGUUAGAACCAGACCCAUGGUGUUAGAGCCAGACCCAUGGUGUUAGAGCCAGACCCAUGGUGUUAGAACCAGACCCAUGGUGUUAUAACCAGGCCCAUGGUGUUAGAACCAGACCCAUGGUGUUAGAGCCAGACCCAUGGUGUUAGAACCAGACCCAUGGUGUUAGAGCCAGACCCAUGGUGUUAGAGCCAGACCCAUGGUGUUAGAGCCAGACCCAUGGUGUUAGAACCAGACCCAUGGUGUUAGAACCAGACCCAUGGUGUUAGAGCCAGACCCAUGGUGUUAAAGCCAGACCCAUGGUGUUAGAACCAGGCCCAUGGUGUUACAACCAGACCCAUGGUGUUAGAAGCAGAGCCAUGGUGUUAGAACCAGACCCAUGGUGUUAGAGCCAGACCCAUGGUGUUAGAGCCAGACCCAUGGUGUUAGAGCCAUGGUGUUAGAACCAGAUCCAUGGUGUUAGAACCAGACCCAUGGUGUUAGAGCCAGACCCAUGGUGUUAGAACCAGACCCAUGGUGUUAGAACCAGACCCAUGGUGUUAGAGCCAGACCCAUGGUGUUAGAACCAGACCCAUGGUGUUAAAGCCAGACCCAUGGUGUUAGAACCAGACCCAUGGUGUUAGAACCAGAGCCAUGGUGUUAGAGCCAUGGUGUUAGAACCAGAGCCAUGGUGUUAGAACCAGACCCAUGGUGUUAGAGCCAGACCCAUGGUGUUAGAGCCAGACCCAUGGUGUUAGAACCAGAGCCAUGGUGUUAGAGCCAGACCCAUGGUGUUAGAGUCAGACCCAUGGUGUUAGAGCCAGAGCCAUGGUGUUAGAUCCAGACCCAUGGUGUUAGAACCAGACCCAUGGUGUUAGAACCAGACUCAUGGUGUUAGAACCAGACUCAUGGUGUUAGAACCAGACCCAUGGUGUUAGAACCAGACCCAUGGUGUUAGAACCAGACCCAUGGUGUUAGAACCAGACCCAUGGUGUUAGAACCAGACCCAUGGUGUUAGAACCAUGGUGUUAGACCCAUGGUGUUAGAGCCAGACCCAUGGUGUUAGAGCCAGACCCAUGGUGUUAGAACCAGACCCAUGGUGUUAGAACCAGACCCAUGGUGUUAGAACCAGACCCAUGGUGUUAGAACCAGGCCCAUGGUGUUAGAACCAGACCCAUGGUGUUAGAACCAGACCCAUGGUGUUAGAACCAGACCCAUGGUGUUAGAACCAGACCCAUGGUGUUAGAACCAGACCCAUGGUGUUAGAACCAGAGCCAUGGUGUUAGAGCCAUGGUGUUAGAACCAGAGCCAUGGUGUUAGAACCAGACCCAUGGUGUUAGAGCCAGACCCAUGGUGUUAGAGCCAGACCCAUGGUGUUAGAACCAGAGCCAUGGUGUUAGAGCCAGACCCAUGGUGUUAGAGCCAGACCCAUGGUGUUAGAGCCAGAGCCAUGGUGUUAGAGCCAUAGUGUUAGAACCAUGGUGUUAGAACCAGACCCAUGGUGUUAGAGCCAUGGUGUUAGAACCAGACCCAUGGUGUUAGAGCCAGACCCAUGGUGUUAGAGCCAGACCCAUGGUGUUAGAGCCAGACCCAUGGUGUUAGAGCCAGACCCAUGGUGUUAGAGCCAGACCCAUGGUGUUAGAACCAGAGCCAUGGUGUUAGAACCAGACCCAUGGUGUUAGAGCCAGACCCAUGGUGUUAGAACCAGACCCAUGGUGUUAGAGCCAUGGUGUUAGAACCAUGGUGUUAGAACCAGACCCAUGGUGUUAGAACCAGACCCAUGGUGUUAGAACCAGAGCCAUGGUGUUAGAACCAGACCCAUGGUGUUAGAGCCAGACCCAUGGUGUUAGAGCCAGACCCAUGGUGUUAAAGCCAUGGUGUUAGAACCAGACCCAUGGUGUUAGAACCAGAGCCAUGGUGUUAGAACCAGAGCCAUGGUGUUAGAACCAGAGCCAUGGUGUUAGAACCAGACCCAUGGUGUUAGAGCCAGACCCAUUGUGUUAGAACCAGACCCAUGGUGUUAGAGCCAUGGUGUUAGAACCAUGGUGUUAGAACCAGACCCAUGGUGUUAGAACCAGACCCAUGGUGUUAGAGCCAGACCCAUGGUGUUAGAACCAGACCCAUGGUGUUAGAACCAGACCCAUGGUGUUAGAACCAGACCCAUGGUGUUAGAACCAGGCCCAUGGUGUUAGAGCCAGACCCAUGGUGUUAGAACCAGACCCAUGGUGUUAGAGCCAGACCCAUGGUGUUAGAACCAUACCCAUGGUGUUAGAACCAGACCCAUGGUGUUAGAACCAGACCCAUGGUGUUAGAGCCAGACCCAUGGUGUUAGAGCCAGACCCAUGGUGUUAGAGCCAGACCCAUGGUGUUAGAGCCAGACCCAUGGUGUUAGAGCCAGACCCAUGGUGUUAGAGCCAGACCCAUGGUGUUAGAACCAGACCCAUGGUGUUAAAGCCAGACCCAUGGUGUUAGAGCCAUGGUGUUAGAACCAGAGCCAUGGUGUUAGAACCAGACCCAUGGUGUUAGAGCCAGACCCAUGGUGUUAGAGCCAUACCCAUGGUGUUAGAGCCAUGGUGUUAGAACCAGACCCAUGGUGUUAGAGCCAGACCCAUGGUGUUAGAACCAGAGCCAUGGUGUUAGAACCAGACCCAUGGUGUUAGAGCCAGACCCAUGGUGUUAGAACCAGACCCAUGGUGUUAGAGCCAUGCUGUUAGAACCAUGGUGUUAGAACCAGACCCAUUGUGUUAGAGCCAUGGUGUUAGAACCAGACCCAUGGUGUUAGAGCCAGACCCAUGGUGUUAGAGCCAGACCCAUGGUGUUAGAGCCAGACCCAUGGUGUUAGAGCCAGUCCCAUGGUGUUAGAGCCAGACCCAUGGUGUUAGAGCCAGACCCAUGGUGUUAGAACCAGAGCCAUGGUGUUAGAACCAGACCCAUGGUGUUAGAGCCAGACCCAUGGUGUUAGAACCAGACCCAUGGUGUUAGAGCCAUGGUGUUAGAACCAUGGUGUUAGAACCAGACCCAUGGUGUUAGAACCAGACCCAUGGUGUUAGAGCCAGACCCAUGGUGUUAGAACCAGACCCAUGGUGUUAGAGCCAGACCCAUGGUGUUAGAGCCAGACCCAUGGUGUUAGAGCCAGACCCAUGGUGUUAGAGCCAGACCCAUGGUGUUAGAACCAGACCCAUGGUGUUAGAACCAGACCCAUGGUGUUAGAGCCAGACCCAUGGUGUUAGAGCCAGACCCAUGGUGUUAGAGCCAUGGUGUUAGAACCAGACCCAUGGUGUUAGAACCAGAACCAUGGUGUUAGAGCCAGACCCAUGGUGUUAGAACCAGACCCAUGGUGUUAGAACUAGACCCAUGGUGUUAGAGCCAGACCCAUGGUGUUAGAGCCAUGGUGUUAGAGCCAGACCCAUGGUGUUAGAACCAGACCCAUGGUGUUAGAACCAGGCCCAUGGUGUUAGAGCCAGACCCAUGGUGUUAGAGCCAUGGUGUUAAAGCCAGACCCAUGGUGUUAGAACCAUGGUGUUAGAGCCAGACCCAUGGUGUUAGAGCCAGACCCAUGGUGUUAGAGCCAUGGUGUUAGAGCCAUGGUGUUAGAACCAGACCCAUGGUGUUAGAACCAGACCCAUGGUGUUAGAGACAGACCCAUGGUGUUAGAACCAGACCCAUGGUGUUAGAGCCAGACCCAUGGUGUUAGAGCCAGACCCAUGGUGUUAGAGCCAGACCCAUGGUGUUAGAGCCAGACCCAUGGUGUUAGAACCAGACCCAUGGUGUUAGAGCCAUGGUGUUAGAACCAGACCCAUGGUGUUAGAACCAGAACCAUGGUGUUAGAGCCAGACCCAUGGUGUUAGAGCCAUGGUGUUAAAGCCAGACCCAUGGUGUUAGAACCAUGGUGUUAGAACCAGACCCAUGGUGUUAGAACCAGACCCAUGGUGUUAGAAGCUGUAAAUUGCAACUUAUUUCCUUUAUUUUUUUAAACAUGUACAUAUUGUUGAUAUUCACAUGUAUUUAUCAUGUCUGUCAGGCUUUACAAAUGUUAACUUCAUACUGGCAUUGCCCGGUUACAAUGUGAUGUCAUGACUGCCAUUUUUUGUUGCUUGUUGUAAUAGUUCUAUACUUUUUAUUUUCUCUAAUGUUUUGUAAAAAUGGCCACCGUGGUUUGUUGUGAAACGUUUGUAUGUUGUCUCAGAAGGUUCCACGCUAAGGACACACACACACACAGGAAGAUGGAAAUGAAAAGCCCCAAGACAAGGCUGUCAGCAUGUCACCAAUUAACAUGUCUGUUCCUGGGUUUGUUGUCAUGCCACAUCUAGCCACUGUCAGUCACCUGAGUCCUGCUUGCAGCUCUACAUUUCAAUAAAGACAGUGUUUGCA